AUGUCUGAAAUACUUUCUGGCAUUUCCCCUUUUAAAGAUACUGAUUGUAAUGAUAAGGAAGAAAGCAAUGCUCUUGCGAUCGGAAUCUGUAAUGGAGACCGACCAGAUAUUCAAGAUUUGCCUCCUUUAAUAGUUGAAUUGAUAAAAAAAUGUUGUGACGCAGAUCCUGCAAAACGACCUCUUGCGGAAGACUUGU